UCAUGGCUUUGUUUUUCAUCUAACAAUUUUUAAUGUAACAAGAUAAAAGAAAAUACGACUUUUUUGUUGCAUCCAAGAAUUCCUGAAUACAAAAUGAAAUUCUUCUUUCAUUCUACAUUAUUGCCGCCCUGAUGGCUGUAUAGUUUUUCAAGCGCAUAAAAACAUAGUUUGCCCGACGUUGUUGAGUUGACGGUUUUCAUUUGACCGUAUGCCCACGACUCUACGGCAAAUUUUAGCUUCUUAAGGAAUAGCAAAAUGAUUGCUUUGGGGUCGCAUGAUUUGCUUGACUUCACGAUUCAAUUAUACUUUUCAAUUCGACCAAUGGCUGUAUAAAGGAAGCUGAAUCUCUCCAUUGAAGCAUCCCAGUUUGUUUUGCAACUGCAUAUCUUAUAUAUUUCAUUAUUUUGAGUUUUUUGCCUGCUUUUCUACGUGAUAGAGAAAGAGAGAUAAUGGGUUCUUUGGAGUUCACAGAUAAGCCUCACGCAGUUUGUAUUCCUUUCCCUGCUCAAGGCCAUAUAAAUCCCAUGCUGAUGGUUGCCAAACUACUUCACCACAAAGGCUUCCAUAUCACCUUUGUCAAUACAGAGUUCAAUCACAAACGUUUGCUCAAAUCCAGGGGGCCUGAUGCUCUCAAUGGCCUCCCUUCUUUUCGUUUCGAAACCAUUCCUGAUGGCCUCCCUCCAACUGAUGCUGAUGCUACCCAAGACAUUCCAUCUCUGUGCGAGUCCACCUCCAGGACCUGCUUACCUCACUUUAAGAAACUUAUACAUAAACUCAACGACUCCUCCUCAGUCGACGUUCCUCCUGUCUCUUGCAUCGUUUCGGAUGGAGUCAUGAGCUUCACUCUUGAUGCAGCUGAAGAACUUGGCAUCCCUGAAGUUCUCUUCUGGACUACAAGUGCAUGUGGCUUCUUGGGCUAUUGCUACUAUCGUCAGCUGAUGGAAAAGGGCUAUAUUCCUCUCAAAGAUGAAAGUGAUUUAACAAACGGGUACUUGGAUACUGUUAUAGAUUGGAUACCUGCCAUGGAAGGUAUUCGCUUGAAGGAUUUGCCUUCCUUUCUCAGGACAACCGACCCGGAUUUCGUCAUGCUAGAUUUCAUUUUCAGAGAAACCGAAAGAGCUCGAAAGGCCUCUGCAAUAAUCUUGAAUACAUUUGAUGACUUGGAGCAUGAAGUUUUACGUGCACUCUCCUCAAUGCUACCUCCUAUUUACUCCGUCGGUCCCCUGCAUCUUCCAUUGCAUCGUGAGGUCCAUGACAACGAUUUGAAACAACUUGGGUCAAAUCUAUGGAAGGAAGAACCGCAGUGUCUUCCAUGGCUAGACUCAAAAGAGCCCAACUCUGUUGUUUACGUGAAUUUUGGAAGCAUCACUGUCAUGACACCUGAUCAGCUAAAUGAAUUUGCUUGGGGGUUGGCUAAUAGCAACCAAACAUUUUUGUGGGUUAUCAGGCCUGAUUUAGUCGGUGGCGACUCAGCAAUUCUACCUCCAGAAUUUGUGACAGAGACCAAAGAAAGGGGUUUGCUGGCAAGUUGGUGCCCGCAAGAACAAGUCCUGAGCCACCCUUCUGUUGGAGGAUUCUUAACGCACAAUGGAUGGAAUUCUACAAUUGAAAGUAUAUCCAGCGGUGUGCCAAUGAUAUGUUGGCCAUUUUUUGCCGAGCAACAAACCAAUUGUCGGUUCUCUUGCACUAAAUGGGGAAUCGGCGUGGAAAUUAACAGUGAUGUUAAGAGGGAUGAAGUUGAAGGCCUUGUUAGAGAGUUAAUGGAAGGAGAAAAAGGCAAAGCGAUGAAGCAGAAAGCUCUAGAGUGGAAGAGGAUGGCGGAAGAGGCCACCACCACUCCCAAUGGGUCAUCUUGCAAAAAUCUGGACCAAUUGAUCAACCAAGUUUUGCUCUCUUCACUAGAUUAAGACAAUGCAAAAUUCUUGGCACAUUUUAUACAGCCCUUUGAUUUCAACCUUGAAAAUACUUGUUAACUUAAAUCACUUUAUUAUCUGUCAAAUCCUUGUUCUACUGUUUUUUCCAGCGUUUUCUGAAAUCGGUUGUGCUUUAUACAGAUGUAUACAAAAUGGAAUAAGAUUUUUCUUUUUAUACCUUAUU